GAUCACAGGUCUUGUGGCACCCCUCCCACCCCAACUUUCUCAUCUCCCCCAGCCAUUUAGUCUCUCAAGCCUCAGGUGAGGCCAAAGGAACCUAGAACCAUUCAAGGUUGUGGAAAGUGGACACCCUGAGCUCCGCCUCCUUCUCGCACAACUCUGGGUAGAGAACAUUAUAGGAGACACCUCGAUGCAAACAAGGUCACAGAACAAACUGGUCCCUUGCUUCAGUGAGGUCCUCUACCCAACGGAAUUAGAGGGUGAAUGGCCACGGGUGGGCGUUGGGUAGCCUAGAGGGCACUGGAAGGGUACGCCCUGAAGGCUCAGAAUGAGCUUGGAAGCUUGCUUCCCUCAACCCUCCCUCACGUCUGCACCGGGAUCCAAGAUUCACCACUCCCUGAAACUAGAGGAACAACUCCCCAGGAAAGCGUGCUGGGCUUCCGGACCGACACCGACCCCCCAUUCCCGCCCGCAGCCGCCUUGUCAUGCUGCCCAAAGUGGAGACGGAAGCCCCGGGACUGGCCCGAUCGCAUGGGGAACAGGGGCAGAUGCCGGGAAACAUGCAAGUGUCUCAAUUUAAAAUGGUGAAUUACUCCUAUGAUGAAGAUCUUGAAGAACUAUGUCCUGUGUGUGGCGAUAAAGUAUCUGGAUAUCACUAUGGUCUCCUCACCUGUGAAAGUUGCAAGGGUUUUUUUAAGCGAACAGUCCAAAACAAUAAAAGGUACACAUGUAUAGAAAACCAGAACUGCCAAAUUGACAAAACACAGAGAAAACGAUGUCCCUACUGUCGAUUCCAGAAAUGUCUAAGUGUUGGAAUGAAGCUAGAAGCGGUAAGAGCUGACCGCAUGCGAGGAGGCAGAAAUAAGUUUGGGCCAAUGUACAAGAGGGACAGGGCCCUAAAGCAACAGAAGAAAGCCCUCAUUCGAGCCAACGGACUUAAGCUGGAAGCCAUGUCCCAGGUGAUCCAAGCAAUGCCCUCUGACCUGAACAUCUCCUCUGCAAUUCAGAACAUUCAUUCCGCCUCCAAAGGCCUACCUCUGAACCAUGCUGCCUUGCCUCCCACAGACUAUGACAGAAGUCCCUUUGUCACAUCUCCUAUUAGCAUGACAAUGCCACCUCAUGGCGGCCUGCAAGGUUACCAACCAUAUGGUCACUUUCCUAGUCGGGCCAUCAAGUCUGAGUACCCAGACCCCUACACCAGCUCACCUGAGUCAAUGAUGGGCUACCCCUACAUGGAUGGUUACCAGACAAGCUCCCCAGCAAGCAUCCCACACCUGAUACUGGAACUUUUGAAGUGUGAACCAGAUGAGCCUCAAGUCCAAGCCAAAAUCAUGGCUUACUUACAGCAAGAGCAGGCUAACCGAAGGCAGGAAAAGCUGAGCACAUUUGGGCUUAUGUGCAAAAUGGCGGACCAGACCCUCUUCUCCAUUGUCGAAUGGGCCAGGAGUAGUAUUUUCUUCAGAGAACUUAAGGUUGAUGACCAAAUGAAGCUGCUUCAGAACUGCUGGAGUGAGCUGUUGAUCCUCGAUCACAUUUACCGGCAAGUGGUCCAUGGGAAGGAAGGGUCCAUCUUCCUGGUUACCGGGCAACAACUGGACUACUCCUCCAUAGCCUCGCAAGCCGGAGCCACGCUCAGCAACCUCAUGAAUCAUGCCCAGGAACUGGUGGUGAGGCUCCGCUCAUUACAGAUUGAUCAGCGAGAGUUUGUGUGUCUGAAGUUCCUAGUGCUCUUCAGCUUAGAUGUCAAGAAUCUUGAGAACUUCCAGCUGGUUGAAGGGGUCCAGGAACAGGUGAAUGCUGCCCUGCUGGACUAUACGGUUUGCAACUACCCACAACAAACUGAGAAAUUUGGACAGCUGCUUCUUCGAUUACCAGAAAUCCGGGCAAUCAGCAUGCAGGCAGAAGAAUACCUCUACUACAAGCACCUGAAUGGGGAUGUGCCCUAUAACAACCUUCUCAUCGAAAUGCUGCAUGCAAAAAGAGCCUGAGUUAGCAUCCCUAGAAGCUUGCUCUAGCAAGAGAGACUGAAGGGAGAAGAGGAGGAAGACAAUACUCUGAACUGCUCCAAGCAACGCCAAUUACAAACUUGGUUUAAAGACACUGAAUUUUAAAAAGCAUAAUAAUCAAAUGCUUAGUAGCAAGUAAAUGAUAUAUCAGGGUAUUUGUACUGCAAACUGUGAAUCAAAGGCUGCACGUCCCCAAAGGAUUCAUAUGAAAGACAUUGCAAUGGGGUGGGUUGGACUCACAGAUGGAGUCCAAUACCACAUCAGAAUAAAAAUAGAUGGAACGAUUCUUGUAUAUUUAAACUGAUCUGUUGUUAAGAAAUUCAGCAAUUGAUCUGUGUUAUUAAUUGGGCUUGUCCAGAAUUCCUCCGUGGUGAGCUGAACAACUCUCAAGAAUACUCGGGCUGUGCCUUGGCAGCCCUCUCCCUCCUCCCAGAAGGCCCUACACCUUCUGACCUGUGAGCCCUAAAGAUAUAUAUUAAGGACUUGUGUUCAGCCACACCCAGUAGUAGCUCCACUAAAUCAUGAAUUCUGAGUGUCUGUGUCUUAGACCUGCCAACAGCUAAUAAGAACAAUGUAUAAAUAUGUCAGCUUGCUAUUUUAAAUAUGUUCUGAAGUUUGUUUUGUCGUGUGUUCGUAAUUUAAAAAAAAAAAAAGCAGGCAGUAUCCCUCUUCUAUAUAAGCAUUAGUUAAUAUUAAGGGAAAUCAAAUUUAAGCAAAUACUUCCAACAAGCAAGUUAGAUCUUAUUUCUGCUAUUGUUGCUGAAAUGUGGCUUUGGCAUGGUUGGGUUUCAUAAGAAUUUUUGGCCAAGAGGCUUGUUAGUAUACAUCUGUCUGUUUAGUCAUCAAGAUUUGUAGUUUGCUUAAAAAUAAAACAUUAAACAUCUUUUGUUGGAUGUCAAGUAGUCACCGGCUAAGGAGCCGCAAAAUCAAAGCAUGUUAAGCAAUGCCAAAUGAAAGAAAGGUUGAGCUGUGAAGGUGACUGACUUGAGGUUCACUGUAGUUGUGAUUGAGCAUCUCCUACCUAAACCUGGGGUACAAAAGCAGUGAGUUUGCAAAUGGCCUGCAAAGACAAGAAAGUCAAUCUCCUGCCGUGGAGAACAGAAGAAAGUGAUACUGGCCUCUCUAAGUCAUAGACCAAAGCCUGCUGUAGAACAAAAUACUGGAGGACAGAGAUGGCAAACAAAGUCUCCAAACAAUGCUGUCAGUAUUAGCAUGUGAUGCCACAGGUAUGGAAGCCUUGCCUUACUUCCUGGUCCUAAAAGGGAGCUGUGCAGAUGUGGAUCAACAUUUGUUGAAAAUAAAGUAUUAAUACUUUAAAGUCAAACAAUAUAGUGUUUACAUUCUUUAGGUCCUGGGGGGAGUUGGGGGGGAGACUCUGAAAUUACAAGAUAAAAAAAAAAAUCAGUAAUUUCUUUAAUGUUAUUUUUCUGAUUAGUAAUUAUUUUUAACAGUGCUUAAUUAUUGUAUGUCGUGAGACACUAAAAUCAAGAAUGGGAUUCUCAUUUCGUCUUUAAUUUGUUGAGAUUAUCAGCAGCACAAUCACUUGUAGAAAAAUCUCCCAGUCCCUUAAUUUUUUUUCCACAAAUGUUUCUGGUUUUGGAGUAGUUUAUUUAUAUUGUAUAUCAUAGUUUCAACUGUAGACAAUUAUGAUGCUAAUUUAUUGUUCCUUGGGUUACCCUUUGUAUAAGAGAGAGCGAAGACGGAAGAAACCAAAUAUAUGUGUUUAUUAUAGCAUGUCUUCAAGUUAGUGGAACAUAGUUCAGGGGUAUAGAAGGGUCGUAAUGAGUAAAUCCAUCCACUUGAUCACAUGUCCAGAAAUUCCCAUAAUCCUUCUGUAGUUUAUUUACUGUCCAUUGUAAAUCACGCGACUUGUAGCUUUUUCUUGUUUUUAAGUCAUGUUAACAAGAUAGAGUCUUACCUGGUUUUCCUUUCCAAACAUUGUAAGUUGUAUACCAAAGAUAUUAGUUUAUUACUUCAGUGUGUACAAAGAAGAUUAUUUUAUUACAUUUAUUAGUCACCUUUCAUAUCCACACGAGGGAUGCACAGUAGCUGUGCUGGGCAUUGACUCGCAGUGUUGUCUUCAGGGUUCUAAGAAGGAUUCAAAGUCAUUAAUCAGAGGUCAGAUCCAAAGCAUUAAAUAAAACAGAAACAUGGCCGUUCCUUCCAACUCAAAACCAAGUUGGUUAAAGGCACAUGGAGAAGGAAUGGUGGUACCUGUGAUUAAUGAGAGAGCUCUGUCCUGUCUGUCAAUGUGGCUAGAAGGAUGGCUACUGGAGAUUUUUUUGAACAUUGGGAAAAAAAAUCCAUGUUUCCUUAUUUUAAAUAUAUAGUAUCCUACCCGACCCCCACUGAAUAUUAAGCCUAAAAAAUUGUCAAAUACUGGUAUGCUGUUCACCUAGUUAGCUUUUACCCUGAGAAUGGUUAGAAAGACAGCCAACAGUCACACCCGUACCGAGGACAAAAGCAGUUGAGCAGGUGUGUACUGGCCCUGCAUCCGGGGCCCUUUCAGAGCUGGCCAGUUGUCUGAGGUCAGUUGGUAGCCAGUUUGUAACUUGAUGCUGCCUUCUGGAUUCUAGGAUUUGCUAAUAAAGGCAGACUGGAGUGGGAAGGUUUUCGGCUGAGCUGGGUUUCCUGUAGUUGGUCUCUGUAAACGGACAAUCUGUAACGUCUCAAUCUUUGGAUUACGGCUCUUCUGCAACUGCCUUGGACCCAUGCAGUGUUCAGAGUGUAAGGUCGCUUACUUGUUGACGUUCUCUUACUGUAUCAGUGAAAUACAUAUUGUCGUGUCAGUUCUUGCCAGGAAUUUCUUGAUAAAAUGGACUUUUUUCCAGUAUUUCAAUAAAUGUUGAUAUGCCCACCCGGUAA